AUGUCUGAAUCAACGGUCAACAUGAGAAUUGGCAGGGAGAUCAUAUCCGGACAUUCCACAAAACCAGGCGGAGAAGCAAAAUAUGCUAUAAUAUUAGCCAUUUUACUAGCAGUCUUCUGCUCACUUGCGUUCAUAGCUUGCGCUUCUCCAACAUCGUGGUGGAAGAGAAAUGAAGGGACGUUAACGUUAUGGUUCCAAUUCGUGAACCAUGUUGAUCCUGUGAAAUAUAAAGUUCCAGUGGACUCCGAUGUCGGUGACAUAAAACGGAUUAUAAUUCCUAACAGAGAUGAUGAACAAUUGGCGGACGUAUUGCUAUUGAGUCGAGUGCAUGGCAGGCUGAAUCCGUCGGUAUAUGCUAGAGACCUGGUAGAUGAGAAGUUUCCGUAUGUCGUGUACAUAGAUACCAUAGAAUCAAGACGCUACAUUAGGUAUAUCACACACAAGCGUGUUCCAAUCCAGACAAAGAUGCCGUUAUGCUUGAAAGAUAAUAAAGGUUACAUCUCCCUUGCAAAAAUCCUUACUCACGACUUUGUUGAGCAGGACAUAAUUAAUUUACAAGACUUUCUGUGUGAAGUCAACAUACAGCAUGAUUGGCUUUCACUUACCAAAUUCCAAACAUAUAUUUCGCAAAUAACUGAUCCGUGGACAAAUCUUGCUAUAGAAGAAUGGCUUUUCCGUCACUCGGAUCCGGAUAGUAUCAUACUUUACCUGUGGAGAAAUGAGCCAUGCAUUGUAAUUGGGCGAAACCAGAACCCAUGGAAAGAGUGCAACACAAAAGUCGCAAGGGCUCUCAACAUUCCCAUAAUACGACGAAAGAGUGGUGGCGGAACAGUGAUUCAUGACCUUGGCAAUACUAAUUAUUCCUUGAUUACUCCUCGGAAUAUGUUUGCAAGAAAGACUAAUGCAGAGAUUGUAACCUCAGCAUUAAAGAAAGAUGGAAUACCUGCUCAUGUAACAGAACGAAGUGCCUUUAAGUUAAUACAUUCUAGAGCAUACCAUCAUGGUACGAUGUUGAUUUCGUCCAACUUGGAAAUGUUGAAACAAUGUCUCAAGGUAUCCCAUAAGGGGAUUUUGAGUACAAAAGGUGUCAAGUCCGUUACUUCACCUGUCAUAAACAUAAAUAAAAUUAAUCCAUAUAUGACACAUGAGAGGUUUUGUAAUAUUGUGCUGAAGGAGUUUAGUGGCGUAUACUCUUCCGACAAAAAGACAUGGGACUGGACAUAUGGACAAACUCCAGAAUUUACUUAUGAAGUCGAGAAGUCGUUUGAUUGGGCCCGCCUCAAAACAUUAAUUAAAUCAAGUUCCGGAAUAAUAGUAUCAAUAACAAUAAGUACUGAUCACACUAGACAUGAUAAUGUUAUUAGGGCUUUUGAGGAUGCACUCGAAGGUCGAGCGUAUAGUCCUGAAAGUGUACAAAAUUGCACUGUGGACAUCGCGAAUGAGUUCGUCGGGGAAACUGAGAAUAUGAAAGUUAUCAACGAUCUUGGAGAAUGGUUGGCUGACGUUGUAGAAUAA